CUCGACUUUGAGUGAGGUUGUUUUCCUCAUUGUUCAAUUGCAGGUACCCCCUAUAUAAAAUGCCAUCACUUGUCCAUAGGUCAUCUUCUUUUACAUGAGGAAUUACCUUAUUUGGGGAAGAUCAUCCUCUUCAAAGUGGUUUGUUGGAAGCCUGUAUAGUUCAAAGUUGCCUCUAGUUUAUCCCUUUGGAUGCAUUUUAAAAAUCAUUUUGCCAGAGACUCUCUCAUUACAAAAGCCAUAAACUAGCUCUGACAACAAGCCAUGUGGAAGCAACGUGCAAAACUCGUAUUUUUAGGCAUGGAGACUUUGCAAGCAAGCCAGUUAACUUUUCCUGCUGUGUCAGAGGGCUGAGUGCAGCAGCUCCAAGUGUGUGCAUACAGUUGUACCUGUAUAUAAUAAUUUUUUAAAAUAUUAAUGUAUGUAGCAAUGCACAUAGACAUGGCCACAGCACAGACACUUUCAGCAAAUGAAGACAGGUUUUUUUCAUGUGUUUUAAGUGAGCCCCUAGCUGUGCACAGACACAGCCAUAUGCCAUACAUAGCCUACACAAGCCUGAGGGUAGGGGUGACAAAAACGUCUGUGGUCUGUGGCAUGAAUGCAUUCAGCAAAGUUCUUGUGGGAGUGAGCUAGAGGCUUCCUGAGUCUCUGUCUGACACUUCUGCUUCUGUGUGCUAGUUGACUUUUUUUCAAUCUUCCCUUUCUCUCAUUUCUUUUAUAGUGCUGCGCCUCAAAUUUUCACACAGAGCCUCUGGACACUGAAUCAGGAGACAAUGACAUGGAUGUUCUCCCAGCCUGGAGAAGCUCUGCCACCCCAUCCUCAGGAGCUUCCCCUCUGGAAGUGUGCCUUAAGCCACUCUGGGAAGAUGAGAAAAUGAAAAUCUUUUAUCAGAAAUGCCCACAGUGCCAUGGCAGCAUUAACACUUGUGGGACAUGACCUGAAUUUAUUCUGUGUUUUUCACCUGCAGACCACUGGCCUACAAAAUAUGGGGCGAGGUUUGCUUAGCAGAAACCUCUAUAAGGACAUGUUGUAGGACUCCUGCCAGCAGCUCCAUUCUCCUGCAUCAUCCUGCCUCAAAUGGAGCUUAAAAUCUGCCAGAAGUGCUGGUAACCAGAAAAGAGACGAGGAUCUUCACAACUUCCACGGAAUGGGGAAGCUGUAGAUUUCAGAGAAAACCAUGUUCCCUGAAGUUAAGGAGGAGGAGCAGUGAGGAGCUGAAGGAGGGAGGUUGGGUAAGAGCUGCAUCUCUGCCCCUGCUUAGCACUGCCUAAACCAUGGUUAGCAAUGAUACAGGUAAGACUGACUGACAGUGAGGAAGGACUGCCUGGGGUUUUAGUUCUGCUCUACUCCAGGUCUUCUGCUAUUUCUGAUCUUUUUAAAGCAGGAAUUACUUGAUGUUUGUAGCUUUAUGUGCAGUUUGGGAUGUGUGGUGCAAUUCCAUCAUGUUUGGCUGUGGAGCAGAAGGCCCGUACCUCUGACUGAAAGAUGGGGAAGAAACUUUCUUCUGGGGAGCCUGAGAUACGUCCUGAUGCUUAGCAGAGUGUUUUAGAAGUAAAACGUCAAGCUGUAAACCAUCUUCUCUCUGUUCAUCUGUGAAUACUUGUAUGGAAGACAACUUCUCUGGUUAUCCACAGCCGUGAAAGCAGUAAUUGCACUUGUGGGUUGCUAAUUCCCAGGUUUUUUCCUGGGAAAUCUGCAGCAAAAAGCAGCAGGCCCACAAGGGGCAGGAGUUAAAGCAGUUAAGACCAUGAACAUAUGUGGUAGAUAGAUUUGUCUGCUGCAGUUUUGGGAUUGAGCAAGAAGUGCUGGGGAGAAAUGGGAGCAGAAGAGGCUGACCUGGGAAUGUUGUCAACAUGCAGCAUAACCAGCACCUCUCACUUCAGAAAAGCUGCAGGCUUUUGAGUUGGGUGCUGGGUGGACUUGGUGAUGAGGUAGAAACAUCAAAUACUGCAUGGAAGAUGCAGCUGCUGCUCUGACUGCCAGAAGUGUGGGUUUGGAUUUUAAAUAACGUAGCCUUGAUUUGCAGAGCAGUUACCUUGUCCUUAUUAGGGAAAGCAGGAAAGGUGAUACAGAUGUGUGCCACUGCUUCCUCUUCCUGCCAUCCCUUCCAGUCUCAGAGAGAACAGACUUCUAAGGUAGGGUCUUUAGUACCCUUUAAAAUGUGUUUUCACUUCAAAACAGAACUGUAUUUUGCUGAAUUAAACAUGGGAAUGGCUCUGUGACAUCCUGGUUAUCCUUUAAAAAUUGUGGUGACAGCUGAUGCACUGAUGGAUACCUGACCUUCUCCUCUUUCAGGUUGUGUUAGCAAAUAUUUAAUUCACGCUGGACCUUGCAUUUAUUUUAUGUUGGAUUUAUUUUUAUGAUUUCACUCUGCCACAUCCUCUUCAGGGCAGCGCACCACCAGAGGGGUUUUUAGACUCAUCUCUUUCAGGGAGGGUGGAGCAUCUAUCUACAUGAGAAAAAGCAGCUGCGUGUUAAGGUCUCAGACGCAACAAUGGAAAGAAACGAGUGAACCAUACGGCCGAACACAGGGACUGCCUGGGAUGGAAUCUCCUAAACUGAGAUAGUUCCCACUUUGCAGUUACGUGCCUGCAGUUCCGUGGUGUGCAGGAACUGCCUCAGAAUCAGCAUCAGGACUGGGAUCCCCGUGGGAGCGGCUGUGUGCCGACGUCUCCCUGCUCGCCCCAGAAGGAGAAUCAGAACACCAGAGCACGCUGGAACUGCUGCUGCUCCCUCCUGGGCUGAGGAGGGCUCCUCUUGAGCCUGGUAACAGAGUGAAUCUCCCCCAGCCUCAGCACUCCUUGGGAUGAAUCCGAGCAGGAGCGGUGCCGUUCCCCGGCUGGAAGAGUGACACGCGUAUCGCACGGUCUUGUGCAGCCACCGCCACCGAGGCUGAUGCUGAUUCCUUCUGCUAAAGAUGGCUCAGAAAUGGGCAGCUCUGGCUGUGCUCCUUUUCUUGCCAAUCAAUCUGGUUGAAGCAUCUUCUAAAUGUAAUUUUUCAUCUUAUGCAGCUCACAACAUGAGUGUAGAGGCUGGCCAUGAAGCUGUGCUGAGCUGCCCCAACGUCUCCAAGGUGACUUUGGUGCUGGUGACAUGGAAGAUGAGUUCCAGCAUUUGUGUCCUGUCCUACAGAAGGGAUCACAAUGAGACAAGCAGGGAGAACUGCAGUGAGAGGAUCACGUGGAAAUAUUCACCUGUCAGUGACCCUGCGCUUCGUAUUUACCCUGUGAACCUUGGGGAUGAGGGGAACUACACCUGUGAAAUUGCCAACAGUGAAGGGAAUUUUAAUUUUUUCACUUCUCUGACUGUGAUAGUCCCUCCUACGGUGGCUCUGACCCAGGACAAGAGCAGGGUGGCUGUCUGUCAGGCAUCUGCAGGAAAGCCACCUGCUGACAUCUCCUGGAUCCCUGCAAGCAGUCACAGCUCUGGGGAAGAAUCCCAUCACCCCGAUGGAACAGUGACCAGAGUGAGCUACCUGGGCCGGGCCAACAGCUCAUUUCCCUCUGUCACCUGCCUGGUCACCCACCCAGCCAUGAACCAGACUCUGGUCAUGGACCUGAGAUACACUUCCCAUGGGCUUCUCUACAUCCUGAUAGGAGCAGCUGCAGGUGUCAGUGCUGUCACUGCUGUGACUUCAUGCUUGCUUUUCAGGUGCAGAGCUCGCUGGUUACGUAAAUGGGCACGUGGCCCGGCAGAACGCUUUACAACUAAAACCUACAAGUUCCCACCUUCACCUGCGAGAAGAGAAGCAGUCAAGCCUCCUGACUUUCUAGAGGAUAUUUAUGAGAAUUACAGCCCAAGAACUGUUUAUGUGUGCUUAUAACAGUGCAGGCACAAGUAGUCAGCUCAGCUAAUGAUACUCAGGUACUCGAACUUGCACUUCAGCUCUUAAGACCUUACCCACAAAAACCUCUGUCUUUCCUGACCUGAUGGUGGUGGGGCAGAAAGGCCCGUCUUAGUAAGGUUUUUUUUUUCUCUUUCUCUAAAUGUCAGUACAGCUCUAGAAGAAGCUGGAGCUUUUAAAGAUUGAAUUAGGAAAAUACCUGAGUUUUGUUUGAAAGUGGACUCUGAUGUAUGUGCUGCCUUUCCUCAAAACAGCGAUGGACAUAUUUCUGUGCCAGAGUAAAAGACUGCUGGUGAAAAUAUAGCACUUCUCUUUCCAUUUUUCAACUGGAUUAUCUUUAAAGUUCUGUGUUGGAAACCAGAAAGUGACAUGGGGGACCUCAAAACACAGAAUGUCAAAGCAAUACAUCUAACAGAAAUGCAGAAAUAAGAGAGUUUUAGGGUUUUUUGGUGGUUUUGUUUUGUUUUCUGGGUAGAUGGUUGCACAUGACAGACGAUGAUCUAGUAUUUGACAUAUUUGUUUAUUUUUGACUUUUUAACUUAUUUCUUUUUCAAUUAAUCUUUCUGUUUGCAUUGCUAAUGGAUGGAAAAUAAAACCAAUUUGAUAUUAUACUGGAUACGGA